AGAGUGAGCGUAAGCAGUCGUACGCACGCACAUUGUGCGUAAAGUUACCAAGUGAGUUAGAAAAUGUAGUGAAAUUGUGAUUAAAAUAAAAACAACUCUUUCUUGGCAACUAAUAAACAAUGAUGAGAAAGAAGGGAGGAGAAAGAAAGAACAAAAAGAGAAGAUAAAAAUGGAUUUAAAUCCGCAUCAGACAGUCGUCCGACUGUCUGUGCAUAAUUCGUCCUGGCGACCACCUGGACGACCGGGAGCCCUGGGACGAUUUAAAAGUGAUAAAAAUAAGUCGUCCCUUCUCCAACAAAAAUUGAACAAAUGUUACCGGAAUAAAUUUUUUUCCAAUUUUACUAAAAUGUUAUUUUUCUCAUCUUUGUUAUCAACAGCAACAGCUCAGCUUGAUUUAGAUAUGGGUUCGGGAUUGUCUGAUAGUAGAGUACAGGAGAGAAGUAACCUUGAAUUCAAGAAAAUAAGAUGGGCCCGAUCUACAACUGAGGCCCCGGAUUUGUUGUUCUCUGCUGAUGGGUCCGCAGAACAUACGGAGCGAGUCCUUUUUAGUCCUGAGAGGACCAGGGUCCAGGAUAGGGCGGGACAGGACGUGGUCCGAGCUGCGGAAAAUCCGGACCAGUUUCCUAAAGCGUCCUUCCUGGUCCCUUUCGGACUACGGUUAGUCGCAUCGGACGAAAGAACAUUAAGAAAGUUUGAGGCUUUGGAGGAAAUCAUCAAACCGUCGAAUAUCCGAAAACGAAACUUCAGCGCCUCCAUCUCCUCCGUUACAUCGGAGACAAGCAUUGGGAACAAGACCAAGGACAUGUCAAACAACGACCUUGACGAGUCCGUCACCAAGGAUAACGAGGACCUGUCCCCCGAAGACUCAGUUAUUGCGGAUUUAUCCCGUGGUUCCAAGAUCCGGUUGAUUUCAACCGCAACGCCAAAACAGUCGGAGGACCGUUCGCGGAUUUGGAUUAAACGGACAACCGCUGUUCCGCCGCAGCGGAGUUCUAGUGUAGAAAAACGAGGGCGAGUGAGGCUUCGUUCUCAUUUGGGUAAUACUCCAAAGGUUACAACACACCUGCCGAACCGGAAGGAAGAGGAGAAAUCAGGGUUAAACGACGGAGAAGGGGAAGAGAGAGGGGCGAAAAGAGACCGAAUGCGAUCUUUUAAAAUAAGACGCCCCAAUAACACUACAAGUGAUAUUGUGACCCCUGAAGAUGGUAUUGACACCCCUGUGUCGGAUCUAGAAGAUGGUGGUGUGACCUCUAGUCCUGAUGAUGGGAGAGAUAUGAAUCAGAACAAUACUCACAACGCAGCCAUACAGGAGACAACUUCGACAAUGACUUCAUCGACCUCUACUCGCCCGUCGACAACCUCUCAAGCAUCCUCAACAUCAUUUUCGUCGACAUCAACAGCGUCAACAGAAUUUUCGACCGAGAAGUCGACAACAGAAAUAAUUCAACUAUCAGGACUCAUGAAGGAUUAUAAAGAUAUUGUUCGAGGUGUCCAACCAACAACAACAACAAUAAAAUCAACAACAGAUAAGAUAGAUGAAACUACAUCCACAACCACAACAACUGCAACAACUACAACAACAUCAAGAGAAAACGAAACUACAACCAAAGCAACCCCUUCUACAACUUUUAAAUCAACAUCACCUAAAUUAACCACAACUACUUUAAGCACUACAACAAAAAACAAUACAGUUGAGGAAACAACUACAACAACAACAACAACAAGAACAGCAACUACAACAACAACAACAACAACUACAGAGACAAGCCAACCUGAAUCAACCUCCAGGUAG